AGUUUUCAUUUUUUUUUUGAAUUCAGCUAUUGUUGUCUACGGGUAUGCACCAUACUCAUUAUCACAAAUAGAAAGGAAGAUACGAGAACACACUGGAAAAUACAAUCAUGGGACUACUCAACACAAAACCGUGCUCACUCAUCCCCGCGAAAGAAGAGUUUGAGCGGGAGAAGAAAAUUUAUAGCAGUAGGUUGCUCAAAUUUGACGGCGUUAACGGAUACGACGUGUACAACUGCUCCAUUCCUUUCACUUACGAGGGAAAAACGUACAUCUUUGGCCGCGUAGAAAAGAAGGACGAAUGGGUUCACUCAAACAGUAUUCUCUUUGAGAGAAUUGGCGAAGACCAUUAUACCAAGGUUAUGUCUUCGCUCACCUACAACUUGGAGGACCCCUUUGUGGUGAAGAUUCACGGAGAGAUGGUUUUUGGCGGGACGCACGUCACUAAAAAUGGCGGGAAGGUCGCCGAUUACCGCUGCGAGUUUUACAAGGGUACUCCGAUGAACUUGAAGUACUUUUCGUCUGGACCGUCGAAGAUGAAGGAUAUCCGCCUUGUCGAACUGGCGGAUGGCAAAGUAGGCGUCUUUACACACUUCCGCACCGAGGGCUCCUGCCUCACUGGCUUUGCCACCAUUGACAAAGUGGAGGACUUGACGGUGGAGGUCAUCAACUCAGCGAAGCUGAUCAACCAUCGUCUAUUUGGCGACGCAUGGGGAGGCCCGAACCAGGUCUACCGUCUGUCUUCUGGCAUGCUCGGCUGCAUCUCUCACCACGGGUACUUGUUGGACCAAAUGAAAGAAACGCAGCUUCGCAUUUAUGCAUGCACCUCCUUCGUUUUUGAUCCUGUCACGCACGAUGUACACAGUUUCAAGAUUAUAGGCACCAAGAGCUGUUUCCCGCCGUGCGAGCCGAAGCUGCCGCGGUUGGCUGAUUGCGCGUUUGUGUCGGGCAUCGUCAUGCGCGACGAUGGUAAAUGCGACCUCUACAGCGGUAUCGGUGAUGUUGCGGAAGGUGUCGUCACCAUUGACUACCCAUUUGAAGGAUACGGUACUAUUGUCGAUGACGUCGCGUUUUAA